AUGGUGUGCGUGGAUCUCACAUGUGUGGCGAUUCGUUUGACGCCGGUGUGGGUGUGUCUCAUUGCGUACUGUCCGAAUGGAAAGCGUCCGACGCCUCUGCAGGCCCUCGUUCGCGUGAUGGACUACGGAUUCUCCGUGGAGGCAUUUAAACGCAAGCCCAUUGUGCUACUGACACACAUGUUUGUGCACGCCAAUGAAUCGCACCUUGCGGGGAACUUGACAUCCCUCAUGGCGACUCUCUUGGAGUUUGGCGGCCCGUCCGUGCAGAGGAAUGUUGAGGAGCACAACGUUUGGGUGUCCGUUCGUCGCAUGGUAGGAUCAUUUGCGGUAUUCAUUGGGGGUGGCAUUAUGGGUGGUAUCGGUGGGCAAUUGAUGUUCAACGACGCCCAGUUGGCAUGUCGUCACAAGCGGUGGAUGUCGUUGCUGUCAGUGAAGGGGGAAACGAAUGGAACUCCGUUGGAUGCCGUCAUUCGACGUGCGAAGAGUUGGUUGGAGCGAAUGAAGUACAAAAUUGACAAGAAACGUACCGAUUCCAUUUUUAUGUGUGGUGCCAGCGCAGGGAUUUGUUCCCUUGCGGGGUUUAACGUGUCUUACUACAAGCGGUGGGGCACCGCACUCACAAUGGUCGCGCCAGAAGUCAUUGCCCUCGUAUGCUCACUGCUGAGCUCACAAACACGGCUGGCGAAUACCGCAUGGUUGCCGGCGGGAGAAGUCGUUGGCCACGCGGCGCACGUUGGUGGGUUUACGGCGGGUGUUUGCAUUGGACUUGCCUGGCGUUGGUUCUCUCGCGUCUACCGUAACGCUAGGCAACGAAAGCAAAGGACGAAGAAGGUGUAG